CACAGCCACCACAAACACAAGCACAAGCACAAGCACCGAACGGCUGAGAGCCAACGCAGGCGAUUGCGCAAACCGGGAAUGGGUGUCCAGACAGGAAGGUCCAGACCAGCAACCCACACGGCAGGAUCAAAUCAUGCCAACGGGCAGGCCCAAUGACUGCUCAGAUGGAGCUCAAUCGCUGCACCACGUCUCCACCUCGAUCCAGGCUGUGUCUGUCGGUGGUGCGCAAUAACUGUGGGCAACAACUCGACCUGGGCCAAGACCCCUGCCCUCCUCCUUUUCCCCGUCUCCUCGCUUCCAAGAAUCCAAAACGCUGUCCUGCGCAACAUACCAACGCCAUCCAGCCCGCCAGGCUGCCCAGACGCCCUACCUACCUACAUGCGCAAUAGCAAUACUUGGUGCUAAUACUUGCUGUCGCUCGCCAGCUCUUGUUGUUUAUUGUCCCUUAUUCCUACCCUCAUCCUUGCGCCUCUUGUCCCGUCCCUUGGCUGUUUUCUUUGCACCCCACAUUUUCUACAUGACGACGGCUCCCACACGGCAACUGUCUCAGCUGCCGUUUUGACGCCUGAGCGGUUGGACCACGCAAAAGGCCCAACGGCGUCCUAUUGCUCCCUGACAGGGCACGCGCCUUUGCCAGCGUCGACAGCGCUCGUUUAUUCUAGACUGACUGCAGUCUCGCCUUGAAGCAGCAAGCCGAAGAGACCGAAGCCGAAGCCGAGAUUCCUGCCGACAAACAACAACGAGCCGGCCGCCGAAACGGCUGAUGGACAGCGAUCGCCUCCCGCCCGCCGCAACCUACUGUCUCCCGCGCUCUAGCCGUGCCUCUCGCAGUUCCUCUCCGCCUCCAUAAUUCCCCGAUCCCCUGGUACCCCAGGAGCUGCGAAUCAUAUCUGCGCCUCGAUAUCCAACCAGCGACGCAUGCCUCCCUGGCCUAACCUCCCACCGCGCCGAGACAGCUCUUGCGAUCUUGUCGGCCGACUCUCAAGUCUACGGAACAAAGACUUGCGAUACACCACUGUCAUCUGCGAGGCUUCGACUCGACCUGCCGCAAGGCACCGGGUUUUUAGGGCCGCGCCCUGAGCUUCCCCCUUGGCGUCGGGCCUGACUAGAUCCCGUCAGCCGGAGAAGGAGGUCCGCGCCAGUAUGGACCACCAGGCUGCGAUGGAAGGGAUGGCCGCGGCUCACGGACUGUACACUCGGGCCGGCGGCAUAGGGCCAAGCGGCGCCGAGCGCCCGCCUAUCUUCAAGAUCAUCGGCAUCGUCCUCGCUGCCUCCUCGGGGCUCUUCAUUGGCAGUUCGUUCGUACUGAAGAAGUAUGGCCUGCUGAAGGCGAACGAGAAGUACAGCGAGGUCGCUGGUGAAGGAUACGGCUAUCUCAAGAACUUCUGGUGGUGGUCGGGCAUGACACUGAUGAUCUUUGGCGAGAUCCUCAACUUUGUCGCACUAUCUUUCACCGAUGCCAUCCUCGUUACGCCUCUCGGCGCACUGUCGGUCGUCAUCUGCGCCAUCCUGUCUGCCAUCUUUCUCAAGGAACGCCUUAGCAUGGUUGGCAAGGUUGCCUGCUUUCUGUGCAUCGUCGGCUCCAUCGUCAUCGUCCUGAACGCCCCCUCCCACUCAUCCGUCGCCAACAUCGAGCAGAUGCAGGCCUAUGUCAUAACCCCCGGCUUCCUCAGCUACACGGGGGUAGUUGUCGUGGGCUGCAUAAUAACCGCCCUGUAUGCCGGUCCAAGAUGGGGGAAGACGAACAUGCUGGUCUACAUUUCCAUCUGCAGCUGGAUCGGAGGCCUGAGCGUCGUCGCCACGCAGGGUCUCGGUGCUGCUAUAAUCACCCAGAUCGGUGGCACACCUCAGUUCAACCAGUGGUUCCUUUACGUACUAUUGGUCUUUGUCAUCAUCACGCUGCUGACAGAGAUCAUAUACUUGAACAAAGCGUUGAAUCUAUUCAACGCCGCCAUGGUGACUCCAACCUAUUACGUUUACUUCACGAGCUCCACAAUCAUCGCGUCGAGCGUCCUUUUUCAAGGAUUCGGGGGGACUCCGACAUCCAUCAUCACGGUUGUCAACGGAUUCCUGACCAUUUGCGCCGGUGUUGUCCUGCUCCAGCUUUCGAGAUCGGCCAAGGAUGUCCCGGAUGCGGCCGUGUUCAAGGGGGACCUAGACCAAAUCCAUACCAUCGCAGAGCAGGAGCAGAGCGAGACGGAUCCCAAGGCCGACGCCAUCCGCGGCACCGCCGCAAUCAUCCGGCGGCUGUCGAGCGCGCGCCUCAAGAUGGAGGCGGAUGAGCUGAAGAGGAUGCAUGAGGAGAAGCGGCAAGAGACCCUGGCCCCGCUCAACGAGGAUGGCACCCAGUUUGAGUGGGACGGCAUCAGGAGGCGGCGGACGACUUAUGGAAGCACUAGGUCGCGUGCCAUGACGUCCCCCUCUCCCAACCCGUUUGGGAGCCCCGCGCCAACGCCCCAUCCUCCCCUCGGCUGGUCGCACUUCCCGACCCAAGAGGAGCUCGACGCACUCGACAGGCCCUCUAGUCCAGGUGCGCUGUCGAGCAUCGUCGGGACCAUCCGCUCCCGGGCCAGAGGCGCCUUUGUGCCGCCACAAAGUGCGCCUGGGACCGCUCGUGACGACGAUGACGAUCCGAACAGGAACACACAAAGCCCACUACACCCGGUUCAACUGACUUACAUGAACAUGUCUGGCGGCGGGAACGACCAGGAUCUUGAGUCGGGUGUUUACAACAACGGAAGGAGCCCUUCCAAGGCUAGGUACCAUGGUAGCACGCUCAGUGUCCCCGGCACCGCGCGCAGCGCCCCGCCUGGGAGACCUAGAGGUGUUUCUGAAGUGAGCGAUGUCAGCAGUCUUGGCCCCCCACCGACGCCGCCUCCCCACGGGACGCGCCGACAGUUCAGCUUUCAGAGGUUUGGGCUGGGGCUGGGGAUGAGGCACGGCAACAGCUCGCCGCAGCAGCAAAGUCCGCCAGAGCAACUCAAUGUUGGUAGCAGUGCUUAUGGUGCCGGCGUGGGAGGCGGAGAUGGUGCCGCAGACUCCCCGCACUCGCCUUCGAGUCGCCGACCCGGAAGCCUCACCGCUAGGAGCAGGGGCUACUCGAACCCGGCAGCCCAGGAGGCGAGCGAAGAGGAGCGCCUGGGACUCGUGACUGGCGAUACACGGUCGCUACCGUCGCUACCACGCUACGGCGAUGUCUUGUACGAGGACGAGGAGCUAGAGAGGUUUCCCUCAGAGGAAAACAAGGAGACCAAGUACGGGCGCGGCAUCACUAACUCGCCGCCAAGGCAGCCCGCUGGCGAGCAGUUGGAGACGGUAGCCGAGUACGAAGCCAUGCGCAAGCGGUGGAACGAGACGCGCGGCGGCGGCGGCGGCGGGGAGAGCAGCUCCAGCGGUGGAGCGAGUCCGACGAGGCCGCCACGCGGGAACGCGAGGUAGCGGCCCACUGCGGCAGGAAGAACCGGCGGUGUGUAUCUAUGAUGCCUUUUUCUCGCACGAUUGCUGCGAUAAUGACGACCACGAUGACCAGGAGUCUUGGGGUUAGAUUAUGGUUCACGCCUGGGUCUCUCCUGGCCUGCAUGUUGCCGGCGGAGAUGUAAGAUUAUUUGCACGCAUGGUUCCCUACCUGUGUACGUAUCUGGUGACCUGGUAGGUGACCUAACUGGCUAGGGCGAAAACGGAGCUUGCUUUCCUAAAUAUUCUUACGUGUCAUCUUGUACACAUUAGACUUUUGAAUUUGGUCCCGGUGUAUCCGGGGAGUACACGGUAGCAGCAGCAACGCAGUGUUUUGGAGACUGAUCGUAUGUUCUUUGUACUUCUCCUUGCGCACACCAGCCUCAUCAUUCUCGGGGAGCUCCGACUCGGGCGACCUUUUUUUGUCCAAACGAAACCUCUGGCAAUCAGAACUCACAUGUCCAAGGGAUUGUCAUUGCUCGCGCGUCCUCUCGCUAUUGAUCCUUUUGGCUAUUAUUCAAUUUUAUCUUUUGCUUUUACAAGGCCAUCGUUUUGUAUCGUUGAUCAAGAGAUGCAUCUCUGUUUGUUACAAGUACAUGUACACUUCGCCGCUCCAGGGAAUACAGGAUGGGUGCCGUG